AUGUAGAAAGAGCCACAGAAAUAUCUUGACUGUAGAGAGGAAGGACAGACAGAUCAGUGAGAUCACCAGGGAACUGAAUUACAUGUGGAGGAAGUAAGAAAGAAAGAAAAGGGGACGUCUAAACUUAGCUUUCACUCAUAGCUGUAAACCACUGGAAGUAUAAGAUUGCCAAGAUGGAUCCAGUAAACUCUAGCACAACUAAUGGAAGCGAAACGAUCUUGAGCAACACCAGUGGAGCGGUCACUGGCACGUUGAUCCUUGGCCUUGUGUUCCUCCUCGGCGUCCCCGGGAACGUCUUCAUCAUCUGGAGCAUCUUGGCUCGAGCGCGGCGUCGCUCCAUCACCAUCCUUCUGAUCCUGAACCUCGCCUUCGCCGAUGGCUUCCUCAUGUUGCUGACGCCUUUCUUCAUGGUUUAUUUGUUUCAGCGCAGUUGGAUCUUCGGCUUAUUGCUGUGCAAAGUCCUGUUCUACCUCUGCUGUGCCAACAUGUACGCUUCCAUAUUUCUGAUCAUGCUGAUGAGUCUCCACAGGCUGGUGGCAAUAGUGUGGCCGAAGAGUGUUGGUGUGCUGACGGACCGCAGGAUGCUCACGCAGCUGCUGGCAGGACUCUGGGUGCUCGCUUUGGGACUCUCUGUGCCCGUUUUGGUUUUCAGGAACAUCAAAGAGGUCAACAAAGAGUCUCAGAGUCUUGUGUGUGACUGCUUUCACCCACAACCACGAUAUGAGGUGAUGCAGUAUGGUAUGGAAACAUUACUGGGCUUCUUGUUGCCAUACGGCGUGAUCAUAGGCAGUUACGUGUGCAUCCUGCGCAGAAUACGCAAGACACGCUUUCGCAGACGCAUCCGGAGCGAGAAACUGAUCCUGGUGAUCAUCAUCUCCUUCGGACUCUUCUGGCUGCCGUACCACAUCAUUAACAUGGUGCAGGUGGCUGCAGCUUUAUAUCCAGAAGAUUCUCCCACAAAAAAAAACCUAAAACACAUCAGGGCGACGAUGCGAGCACUCACCUCUACCGUGGCCUUCGUCAGCAGCUGCAUAAACCCCGUCCUCUACACCUUCGCUGGGAAGUCGUUCAUCCGGCGGGAGGGCCUGGCCUUCAUGGCGCGGCUGUUCGAUGGAACGGCGCUGGAAACGACGCGGAGGACCCGGCGCAGCAACCAGAACAGCCGCGAUCGAGAGAAAGACACCGAUGAAGGAGAAAGUCUCAAAGACAAAGACUCGGAUUCCACCACCACCCCCACUAACGCAAACUCGGUUAAUAAAGUUGUGCCACAGAAAAUUGGUAAGCAUAUACGAGAAACAUCACUGUUAACUCCGAACCAAAUGGCCACUCCUGUUCCUGCAAAUUCCUCAUCCCUAUCUGGACCAGCUCGGUCCUCCAUCUCACCCGCCUUGCCUUCCACAGCAUCCCUGCCCCUGUCCCAUCAGAUCGGGAUCUCUAUCCUGGUCAUUGCCUUCGUGUUUGGGUUCCCCGGGAACCUGUUUGUGGUGUGGUCGGUUCUGUGUCGAGUGCGCCGCCGCUCUGUCACCUGUCUGCUGAUCCUGAAUCUGGCCGUGGCGGAUGCGCUGGUUCUCCUGAGCGCUCCGCUGUUCAUCCGCUUCCUGGUGAAUCGACUACACUGGGAGUUUGGGGCCACCAUGUGUAAGACGGUCCAUUACCUGUGCUGUGUCAACAUGUUCGCUUCCAUCUACCUGAUCUGUCUGAUGAGCAUGGACCGCUGGCUGGCCGUCACAAAGCCGUUUCUGUCUCAGAGGUUGAGGACCAAGAAAAGGAUCCUGUCCAUCAUGUUGGGCAUCUGGGUGAUGGCUUUUCUGAUGGCUUUGCCCAUGCCGUUCUAUCGUACUGUGACGCAAUUCCAUCCAAGGUUGCAUGUGUGUAUGCCGUACCAUUGGGAGAGCGACUCUCAUGAAAUCUUUCAGUACCUUUUUGAGACUAUCGUGGGUUUCCUGCUGCCCUUCACCUUCAUCCUGUUCUGCUACAUCUCAGUGAUCUGUCGGCUGCGUAGCGCAAUGUUCCAGCGCAAAGGAAGAGGAAACGCUCUCAUCCUCCUCAUCAUCGUUGCGUUUGCCGUCUUCUGGCUGCCGUAUCACCUCAUCAACAUCCUACAGGUGAUUGGUGUGAUCCAGGGCUCCUCCUCUUCUGUUUUAAAAGCGGCAAAAGUGGGCCGUCCCAAUGUGACAGCGUUCGCCUUCAUGAGCAGCAGUGUGAACCCCGUCCUGUAUGUGUUUGCUGGAAGCUCUCACAUCCGUCAGGCUGGUCUGGGCUUCAUGGCCAAACUCUUUGAAGGAACCAACUCUGAGUCGGCCUCCACCCGCAGCAGUCGUGGCUCUAAUGCAGAGAGCUCUGUUUUCACCAAGCUGUCCGUCAAACUGAGUCGUAAAGGGGACUGGGCGAGAGACGAGACCCCUGGUGGUGAAAACGAGACCAUGGCAGACGUACAGAACAGAAAUGAGAUGAAGACUCUGACCACCCUGCAUUAAAGUGCUCAUAUCUAUUCUCCAUUUAUAAUGCUAGAAAAUGUUGCUGGACUCCCAGUAUCCCAACUGAAAUAUCAUCUUCUGCUGCUGCUGUUUCAGAAUAAAUGUCUUAUUUUCUCAGUCUAAAAGCUUGAUUGAAAUGUGAGAAUUAAAAUAUUGUCAUUUUGUUUUAGAAGAUUUUCUUUGUGAAAAAUUCUCAUUUGGUUUUGUUUCAUACUCCUGCUGUUUACUGUCUGUUUUUGUUUGCUUGUUUCUAAAAUAUGAAUAUGUUUGCAUGUGAACACAUCCUCGUUCAUUUGCUUAUGUCUGCAUGACAUUUAGCCGUUCAGGCUGGACUGUAUUUACAUCUCUGACGUGAAAUAGAAGGACAGUGAGUGUUAUUGAUCAAGUCACAUCCCAUUACAUACAAGUCUUGUUUGUUACUCCGUAGUUUUUUUAGUUUGUCUCCUAAAAACAAACAAUGAAUAAAAAUAGCCAAUGCACAUAUAUAUACGUAUGACAAUGUAAUAUCAUGGGAAUCAAAUUGUAAACAUUUGCAAAAAUAAAUGUAGAUAAUGAAUGUUCAAUUGUGCUUUUCAAUCAGCUCCAUUUUAAUAAACAAGUAACAACAACAGGGAAGUUA